AUGGUAAUAAGUUGUCAUGCUAAUAAUAAAGUAAAUUUUGUAAAUACAAAAUUUGCUACUCCAUAUUUAUGUUUAACGAAGAACGAAAAUCCUCCUGAAAAUAAUAUUAAAAAUGACAUAGCCUUUCAUUCUUAUGUUGCAUUGUCAAUUAUCUCAUAUUGUGCCCUUUCUAAUAUUUCUAAUAUAGUAAGAGAAGAUGUUAUAUUAUUAAAUAUAUACGGGUAUACGUACUAUAAUUCUUCCAAAAGGAAAUUACGACGAUACUGUAACUCAGAAAGCACAGAAGAAAGUAAGAGUAAGGUAAGCGAAAAGGAUGAAAAUGAAGGGGAAUUAAAUAAGAUAAAUGAAAGCAAAAUAGAAGAAAAAAAAAGAAUAGAAAUCAAAAUAGAAGAAGGAAAAAGGUAUGAAAGAAAAAAUGAUAAAAUAAAAAUUGGUGAAAUAAAUAUAGACGAAAACAAAAUUGGUGAAGGAAAAAUUGAUGAAGACAAAAUUAAUGAAAACGGAGAAGACGAAAUCAAAAUAAAAGAAAACAUAAUAGAUGAAAACAAAACAGGUCAAAAAAAAAGAGUUAAAUUUAAAAUAGAUGAAAUUAAAACAGACGAAGGAAAAACAGAAGAAAUCAAAACAGACGAAGGCAAAACAGAAGAAAUCAAAAUAGAAGAAAGCAAAAUAGAUGAAAACAAAAAAAAUGAGAACAUAGGCGAUAAAAACCUAAGUAACAAUAAUAACGAAGGAGAAACUUCAUUGAACAUUGAGGAAUUAAGUACUAAAGAGGUAUUAAAAUUAGCUGCAAAAAAAGUCAUAGACAUACUAAAAAAAAAAAUACUUGAAAAAAGGGAUAAGUUUAAAAAAAAAGUAAUAGACAAAAUAGUGUUUACAAUAAAUCAAAUUAAAGGAGAACCAUUAGACGCAUAUAAAGAGGAAUUUGAUGAUGAAGAAAUAAUUGAUGAAGAAGAAGAAUGGAAAGUAAAUGAAUGGAAUCAAUGGUUUUCCAACACUGAAAAGGAAUACGAUGAUUGGAUUCAGUCAAUAGACGAUUAUAAAGCCCAGUGGAUCAAGGAAAAAGAUUUGGAAUUUCCAACAUUCGCAAAUGGUCUAUACAAAAGUUGGGAUAGGUGGCGUGAACAAGUUAAAUCUGAAAGUAAGGAUUUGAAAGAGGCCAAAUGGAAAGGAUGGGGAAAGGAGGAAUGGAAAUUAUGGCUUCAGAAGUAUUGGUAUGAACAUAAUCAAGAAAAAUGGAAAGAUAUUAUAGCAACGUAUGAAAAAAAUUAUCGCGAAUGGACAGUUAAUAAUUGGAAUAAAUGGAAAGGGCAAAAAUUGAUGUCGUGGAUAAUGAAAAAAUGGAAAGUUAGAGAAGACCGGAAAUGGGAAAGAUGGGAAAGUAACAAAUGGAAUAAACGUUUAAGAUUUAAAGAGAAAAAACAAUGGAAUGUUUGGAGAUAUAGAUUAGAAAAAGAACGUUUGCAAUGGAAACAUUGGAUUGAUUCAAAAAGGAUUACAGUUUUGGGGGAAAAUCAAUGGAAAGAAUGGGACGACUGGAAAGAAGAAAAACUUAAGAUCUUUGAGGAAAUUGUAGAUUCCAUUUCAAAAAAAUGGGUAGAAGAAGAAAAGUUUCACGAAUUUAAAUAA